CCACCGUCGCCGACCGCGUCGUGCCCGCGCGCCAUUGGUGGGGUUGGGAGGACCCAGCGCGAGCUCAGCUGAUCUCCGCCCCGCGAUGUGGCGUCACGCGGCUCGCCGGUCGUCGGCGCAGAUCCAGCGGAGGGCCCUGUCGUCGUCCGCCCCCGCGGCCGCCGCGGGCGCCCCCGUGCCCGGCCCCUGCAUCGUCCACAAGCGCGGCACCGACAUCCUCCACGACCCAUGGUUCAACAAGGACACGGCGUUCCCCAUGACGGAGCGAGACCGCCUCGGCCUCCGCGGCCUCCUCCCGCCGCGGGUCAUGUCGUUCGAGCAGCAGUACGACCGCUUCAUAAACUCGUUCAGGUCGCUGGAGCACAACACCCGGGGAGAGCCCGACACCAUCGUCGCCCUGGCCAAGUGGAGGAUCCUGAACAGGCUGCACGACCGGAACGAGACGCUGUACUACAGAGUCCUAAUCGACAAUAUCAAGGAUUUUGCGCCGAUAAUAUACACUCCAACAGUUGGCUUGGUCUGUGAAAACUACAGCGGCUUGUUCAGACGGCCCCGUGGGAUGUAUUUCAGUGCCAAGGAUAAGGGGGAGAUGAUGUCAAUGAUUUACAACUGGCCAGCUGAGAAGGUUGACAUGAUUGUUGUGACUGAUGGGAGCCGUAUUCUAGGUUUAGGUGAUCUUGGAGUUCAGGGUAUAGGUAUACCUAUUGGCAAACUUGAUGUUUAUGUCGCAGCUGCUGGUAUCAACCCACAAAAGGUUCUUCCAAUAAUGCUUGAUGUGGGAACAAAUAAUGCAAAGCUUCUUGAAGACAAACUAUAUUUAGGACUGAGGCAACCUAGGUUGGAAGGAGCGGAAUACUUGUCCGUUGUAGAUGAAUUCAUGGAAGCUGUUCAUGCACGUUGGCCAAAAGCAGUUGUACAGUUUGAGGACUUCCAAAUGAAGUGGGCCUUUGAAACUCUUCAGAGGUAUCGAAACCGAUUUUGCAUGUUCAAUGAUGACGUGCAGGGGACAGCAGGAGUUGCUCUAGCUGGCCUACUUGGAGCUGUGAGAGCACAAGGUCGACCCCUCACGGAUUUUCCUAAGCAGAAGAUAGUCGUGGUGGGAGCUGGAAGUGCUGGGAUAGGUGUGCUUAACAUGGCUAAGCAGGCGAUGCUAAGGAUGCCAGGGAUAAAUAGGAGCGGGGAAGGGCAUAAUCAGUUCUGGGUUCUGGACAAAGAUGGCCUUAUUACCAAAUCUAGAAAGGACCUGGAUCCUGCAGUUGCUCGCUUUGCCAGAGGUUUUGGUCCUGACGAGGUCCAAGAUCUGCAUGAGGGGGCUAGUCUUGUUGAAGUGGUCAAGAAAGUGAAGCCUCAUGUGCUUUUAGGGCUUUCUGGAGUUGGGGGCAUAUUUAAUGAGGAGGUUCUCAAGGCUAUGAAAGAAUCUGAUUCCCCUCGUCCUGCAAUUUUUGCGAUGUCCAAUCCAACAACUAAAGCUGAAUGUACUCCUGAAGAUGUAUUCAAAUAUGUUGGAGAAAAUGCAGUAUUUGCCAGUGGAAGCCCUUUCAGUAAUGUUAUUUUAGGCAAUGGUAGAAAAGGAUACGCUAAUCAAGCAAACAAUAUGUAUCUGUUUCCUGGGAUCGGUUUAGGAGCUCUUCUUUCAGGCGCUCGGCAUAUUUCAGAUGGCAUGCUCCAAGCAGCAGCUGAGUGCCUUGCGUCAUACAUCACAGACGAUGAAAUUCGGAAAGGAAUCCUCUUUCCAUCAGUGUCAAAUAUCAGGCAUAUCACCGCACGUGUCGGCGCAGCAGUCGUCCGUGCCGCCGUUUUCGAAGAUCUGGCCGAGGGGCGCUGCGACGUAGAUGCAGGGGACCUCAAGGACAUGACUGAGUCGGAUACAGUGGACUAUGUGGCUCGGAAGAUGUGGUAUCCCAUUUACAGCCCCCUUGUGAACGACAAGUGAAGUUCGGGGAA